UUAAAGCCAGGAAGGAGUCUUAUGGAUUGGAUUCGACUAACUAAAAGUGGGAAGGACAUGACUGGUUUAAAAGGGAGGCUGAUUGAAGUGACCGAAGAUGAGCUUGCUAAGCACAACAAAAAGGAGGACUGCUGGAUAUGUAUAAGAGGAUUUGUAUAUAAUGUCACACCAUAUAUGGAAUAUCAUCCCGGUGGUGAGGAUGAACUAAUGAAAGCAGCAGGAACUGAUGGUACAGAUCUCUUUGAUCAGGUUCAUCGCUGGGUCAAUUAUGAAUCGAUGCUGAAGGAAUGUCUUGUUGGGAGAAUGGCUGUCAAGCCUAUUGCUGCUCCAAAAGAGAUUACUUCUGUGUGUGAAGAGAAGCAGAAGCUUAAUGGUAUGCUUCCUGAGAAGAAAGUACUGAGUGCUUCUUCUAAAGAUUUAACUCCAAGUUAUGACUGGUUCCAAACAGAUAGUUUGAUCACCAUUGUCAUAUAUACUAAGCAGAAGGAUAUGAAUGCAGAGUUGGUGAUACUUGACUGUGAGGACAAACGAUUAAGGGGAGAGAUAAUCGUGGAUGAUUACUCGUAUCUUUUAGAAGUUGACUUGUAUCAUGCUGUUCAAGAAGACAUGGCCGUAAAUAUUGCUGAAAAAGUUGGGAAAGUAGAGAUUAUCUUAAAGAAAAAGGAUAACGUUCACUGGAAAAUUCUGGGACAGCCCUUGGAGAGUCAUAAUACAUUUAUGAAACGUAUGGACAGAGGACUGUUCUACAGAAAAUGUAAGCUGGUUUCAAAGACAGAAGUUACCCAUGACACCAAGCUCUUCUGCUUACUGUUGCCUGAGAGCACACAUCUCCGUGUUCCCAUGGGACAACAUGUUUACCUCAAACAAAUCAUUGCAGGGACGGAGGUAGUAAAACCGUACACGCCUGUAUUGCCUUUUUGGCCACUGGAUUUCAAAGAACCAACUUGCAAUGGUAGUGCACAUAUAUAUUUAAUGAUUAAGAUUUAUUCCUGUGGACUGUUCACACAGGCACUUGACCAUCUACAAAUUGGAGACUGUAUUUCUGUCAGCAAUCCUGAAGGUAGCUUCAAGAAGUCACAGGUUCAAACUUCAGAAGAUCUCUUUUUACUGGCAGCAGGCACAGGCUUCACACCAAUGGUUAAACUGCUGAAUUUUGCUCUGACUGAAGUUAAUUGCCUCCGGACAGUGAAGCUAAUCUUCUUCAACAGAACAGAAGAUGACAUACUUUGGAGAAACCAGCUAGAGCAAUUAGCUCUUAAAGAUCAAAGGUUUGAGGUUCAGUUCGUUCUCUCACAACCAAAAAAAGACUGGGCUGGUAAACAGGGGAUGAUUUCUUCAUCUCUUCUCUCUGAGUUUGUGAAAAGAAGCAGAAAAGACUCCAAAGUGCUUAUCUGCAUCUGUGGCCCAACACCUUUUACAGAGCAAGGAGUACAAUAUCUGAAGGAUCUUGGAUACUCCCAAGAAGAGGUGCACCCUUUCACUGCAUAAACUCAUGUGAGGAUAUUAGUUUGUUUGUAUAAUUUAGUCUUAUUUAUUUACCUUCAUGAAUUUGAAUAAGUGAGAAGCAAUUUUGUAAGACUUGAAAUCGCACUCUUGGUACCAAACUGUUUCUCAGAAGUAAUGUAUCUUUGAAAAAAUUUUAUAAUGUGUUUUAUCUUGGUUUUGUAAAUAUUUUUGCUAAUA